AUGGGGACCAGUCAGCUCUCGGAGAUUCCCAGCCGUCCACAAGGCCGAGUGUCUGUACUGACCACCGUUUGCUGCUACAACCUCUCCAAACACGGGUUUCUCCCCCAGAGCCCUGUGUGCGGCUGGCCACGGGCUGUUCCCACACGGGCUGGUCCCUCGCGCGGCUCCUCUGGGACACACGCGGCCCGGGCCGUGGCUGCUCUGGGGGCCGAGUGCUGUGGGGCUGAGCUGGGACUGGAGGCAGCCGUGUCCUUCCUGUCGGCGCUGUGGCGACUGGUCGGGCCCUCGGCAGAUAAUAUGCUCCUUUGGCAACACACGCCCUUCAUGCUGGCAGCGCCUUCCCCCCACCGCUAUGAUCUCCUGCUCCAGCUCACUUCAGUCGGAGAGGAUCUGACGGGUCACUCGUCAGGCGGCCCCAGCCCCCGCACGCUGCCGGCUGCCAGCCCCUCGGGUGCGCCCUCCCGCGCCUACUGCAGGCAGCAUCUCACUGGUCAUUUACUACAGCCUACAGCCACCCCCCCCCCCCCCAGCUCCACAGACAGGUGGCAGGGCUGGUGUGUCAGGACCACGUCUGUCUGGGAGUCGUGUGCCAUCCCAAGGGGAGGUAAUGCAGGCACGGAAGCCCCUCCCGGGGCCUCGGCUCCAGCUGGGGAGAAGCUGGGGAGCCUAGGCACUCGCCAGGGAAAAUGUCACGAGUUCACCUGCCAGGGAAAGGUCCCCAGCCCACUGUGGGGACCCCCCAACGCUGGGCUAGAAAGCCAGACUGCUCUGGAGGAUCCUUUCCUCCGUCACCAUCACUGGCUGUUGGUGUGACUUGCCCUAAAGACAGGAAAUGUGUCUAAGAUCGACACAGCCUUUGGAGAAGACAGUCCUGGCCACUUUCAUCUCCUGGCUUUGGGGAUGAACCAGCCCUAACCGCAGUAAAGGACACCCCUGUUUUUCCAGCCAGAGCUCCCACUGUUCCCCAACUCAGAGAAAGGCUCUGAGUUUCAGGGUGUCCUGACCUCAGAAGCGGACCUGUUGGAAACCUCCAGUUUCAUCCCCUUUGCCAGCGACAGUCGGGACCCAGCUCCUGCCCAGAAGCAGUCCACAGGACAGAGGGAGCACAGCCUGGAGGAAGGGGCUGGGGCUCUUUCUCGAGGGCGGGGCAGGGGUGCGGGUGGGCGGAGAGGAGGGGAAGGACCAGAGGGCUGCACACUGGACUUCAGUGCCACGGUGGAGGGGGGCCGGGCAGGCAGGCAAUUCCGCCGACAUCCCACUCCCCUUGGCUGGCCACGCGGCCCUUCCCAGCUGCCAUGGCUGACAUCAGCCCAGUCGUAGGCCUGGGACCUUCCAGAAGCUUCCGCCCCAUCGUAGGCUGCCUUGGCAGAGCCCUCAGCAGCUCAGAGCAUGGGGAGCAGCAGGAGCCCACGUGGGACUCGAACCUUCCCGCCACUGCUGGAAGUGGCCAAAGGUGAGCCUGCGGAUCUCAUGGCCAAAGGUGAGCCUGCGGCCUGCAGACAAUCCUCGCCUCACGUCCGCUCCCAAGUGUGAGGCUGUCCACCGGGACCGCUGACUUUCUCCAUCUGACUACAGGCCGGUCACGCAAGUGGGUCACUGGAUUUGGGGACAGGAGAAUCCCAUUUCCGACACCUGUACCCCAGUGCACCCCCCGCCCCGUCUGGGCCUGGGUUGGCACAACCGAAGCCUGGGGGAACUGGAGUGGACUAUUUCUAAGCGUCCCUGCAAACACCGCA